AAUUGCGCAAUUCCUAAGAACUUAGCCGCUUCUCUUUGUUCUGAGCCUUGUCUUCAUUGUUGUUGCAUUUGCCCUCGACGGUUCAAGCUACUGGGCUAUUCCAAUACGAUUACAUACACCAUCUUCGUAACCUUUAUACUCCCCGCGCUCUUAUAGCUAUAACGAUCCCCUCCAUUCAAAGCUUUUAGGACUCUCGGACAGACACUGUGAGAAGAUGACGGGACAAAUGACUUCGACCGGCCGAGGCGGCGCUGGCAACAUCGCCGACGUCUCCAAAUCCCCUAAGAUCCAGCCGACUGACCUCGAGACUCCGAUUCUAAAAACAUCCGUUGUUACUACCGGCCGUGGUGGCUCCGGCAACAUGGCGCCGAAUAAGGAUCCCGUCGAGACGCGAGCACGCCAGGACGUCGGACCUAUCGAGCGACUCCCGAGCCAAGGCCCAACCCACGUUGGGCGCGGAGGAGCAGCCAACGUCGUGAGGCUGAACAGCGAGGAGGCCGAGGUCUCAAAGACGAGCCUUGAUGGUUCGGCUGCUGCCGGCGCCGAGGACCACCACCACGGCGGCAAGGGCCAUGCCAGCGGAGCUAAUGGGUUGGCGGCUAAGGCCAAGGAGUUCUUCAAGAAGGUUUAGGCUGCCUUGAGAAGAAAGGCGAAGAAAAAGGGGUCUCGAAAGGAAAAUCCUCGAGACAGAGACGAGCGGGUCGAUGGGAUUGAAUUGCAGGCUGAGGAGUAGGCGUAUUUUCACGUUGUGCGUUUCGUUUCGUUCUGCUUUGCUUUCUUAUUCCGAUAUACCACGACGAUGGUGCCGGUGUGGGCGAGCAUGGAGUUAGGGGCUGUCUUUUUAUAUUUUUUAUGUUAAGAAUAAAAGGAGGACGGGUGGAUGGUGGGCUAUGAGAAUGGAAACCGGUUGUGGUAUUAAGGGAGAAUGAGAACGAGAACGAGAACGUUGGCAAUCACGCAGCAUCGGGGGUCACGAUGAUACCAAAGGCUUACUUACAAGCUAACCUAGGUAACUAGGUGUAAUAGUUAUGAGUUCUUCUCCGUACGGAACGCUGUAUCCCACGAGUGUUGCACGGUGACAAUAUUAUGUUGGGUGUUAUUGUGCUUAAUAU